AUAUGUCAUGGUAACUGUAAUCCAAUAACUGUAAUCCAAAUGAAGUAGAACGGAGGGCGGGAAUGGGCGUGGUUGUAUUCUACGGCAUUUAUAGAUGUGAAGCGCCAUUUACCUCUCUGAUUUUAAACAACAUCUCGACAUUAUUUUAUCAGGAAAACGAUGGAGACUGUGCUCCCAGAUCAAAAGGACGUAAGACGGGUCCCCAAACCCCUCAUGGAGAAACGGAGGAGAGAUCGUAUCAACCACAGUCUGGAAACCUUACGACUUUUGUUGUUGGAGAACACAAGUAAUGAGAAACUGAAGAAUCCCAAGGUGGAAAAGGCAGAGAUUUUGGAGAGUGUGGUCAACUUCCUGAGGACAGAGCAGGAAGGAGAACAACAGCAUCAGCAAACGAAAAGAGGCCACUCCAAAGAGGGUGGGGUAGAGCAGAGGUCCCCCUGCAAGAGGAAGCAGCAUAACUACCGUGAGGGCAUGAGGUCAUGCCUACUAAAAGUCAGCCACUUUAUUGCAACCAAGAGCCAGGAGUUGGAUGAGCCCAGCCACGAUGCUGAUGCCCCACCUCAGAGGUCCCGCAUGGGGCUCACCCAUCCUCCAUCAUCUGCCCAGCUCCAUGGUACAUCACCUUCCACCCCCGACCAAACUCCCCUGGCUAGACAGCAGCUGCCACAGCCUCACCCAGGCCCAGGUCUGAGAACUGGCCUCGGUAACAUGGAGCGUCUUUCCCCCUCCAAGCCGUACAUGGAACACAGUGACUCUGUGUGGAGGCCAUGGCCACAGCAGUGAUUGACAGCCUCCAAUGAUCUGCACAGUUGGGGUCCCAGUUCUGCACCAGAGAUAAGGUUGUAGAACUUCUAACAGCUGCCCGCUCAUCAACUGCCCAGCAGGGAUGGGAUGGAGGAGGUUGAUUGGCAAUAGGUAGUGAUUGGGAGUAGAGUGGACAGUGAUGGGAAGUGGAGUAGACAGUUAAAGGUGGGGGCUGACUGGGUUAACUGUGUGACUCUCGGUCAGUAGACUGACUGUCAUUUGUUUAAAUGUUUAAAUGUACAUCUUGUAUAUAUGGAUUACUUUAUUUGUUCAUGAUAUGAACAGAUACUGUCGUGGAAAUGCCAAUAUAUGUCAAUUGUUUCCAUACGUCUAGUAUAUAUCUACAAGGGAAAUAUGGCAAACUGAAUUUCCUUUGGAACAUUUUUUUGUGUGUAUUUAAAAAUACAAAAGGGAAUCAGAUAACCAGUCAUGUAACCCAUUAUGUCAUUUUUUUUUGGCUUCUUUGGGUUCAGGGUUCUGCCUUUUUCUCAGGCAUGUCUGCUGAUUAUAUUUGUAAGUUUAAUGUUGUUUUUUUAAAUCACGCUCAAAAACCACAAGUCUUUCUAUUUUUUUGAGCCACUGAAGGUAAACAAGAUGUUUGACUCUCAAUCGUAUCUUUUUCAAUAUGAACCUUACCUCUGUGGCCUUGCUAUGGCACGAGACUUUGUGUGGUGAUAUAUUAUUAGACAAUAUAGCCUUGAUUAAAAUACAUUUUUUCUUAUCGUUUUAAGGGCAUAUAAGAUAACAAACUGCAUUCAACUUUAUUUUUUGAUGAGUGGUUUCACUCUUUUUUUUAACCAGGCAAGCCAGUUAAGAACAAAUUCUUAUUUACUAUGAUGGCCUCGGAACAGUGGGUUAACUGCCUUGUUCAGGGGUAGAACGACAGAUUUUUCCCUUGUAAGCUUGAGGAUUCGAUCUAGCAACCUUUCAGUUACUGGCCCAAUGCUCUAAACACUAGGCUACCUACUGCCCCAUUGUGCUAGUCUUGCUGGUUUACAUUGUAAACUAAAAAAGUGUUUUGUCCAAGUGAGAAACACUGACAUCCUGUUUAUGUUAAACAUGGCAAAAAAAAUGUUGUCCUGUAUUUUUUUUUAUAUUAAAAUUGAGUGAAAGUG